AUGUGCCUGAGGGCCCCACGACCCACCAUCGAACCGUCCAACCCGCCGAACGGUCAGAAAGCAGAGAGGCAACUAGUUAGAUCCACAAUGACUGUUGUCGAUUGGAGAUCCUUAGACUUUACCCGGAAAAUAUCUUUGACCUCAUGCCGCUCCACAUGUACCUUCAGAACUUGGGCGGUUUUAACAAACGUGUCCAGUAAUGAAACCUUGUUUUCCGUGGGCUGUUUAGGAAUAUUUCUAAUCUCCAAACAGCUCGCUCUCGCACUACGUUCAGAACUCUCCAAUUUGGACUCUAAAGAUUUGGAUAUAAUUGGCAUCGGCCAGAACGUCAGAUUCUAA